UGGUGCGGUGUGGCGGCGGCGGCGUGGCGGCGGCGGCGGCGGUGGCAGCGGGGAACAAGCAGCGACCCGCGUGUGUGUGUGUUGUGUGGCCUCUAGUUUUCGUGGUCAUGGUGAUGGCGCGGCCGUGUUGUCGGGGCGCCGUGGCGAACCUCCUGCAGCCACGGAGGCGCUUUUGGUGAUGUGACGAGGCUCUGGAGUGAUGGAAAGAGGAGGAACAAGGUGGAGAAGUGAUGCUUUUGUUUGUUGUUAUUGAUGAGGGGCGCCGAGAGAGCCCUGGCGCCGUGGGCUUCCGGGCUGUGGAUGGCAAGCAGGGAUGUGUUGAUUCAUGAGCCCAGAAGAGCUUUCGGAGCCUUGUGUCUUUUCGCUGGCGGGGCGCGACGGAGUGCCUUGUGAACUGAUGGAAAUAAAGGAAUAUUUUCCAUGUUAUAUCUCGACGGUUUAGACAUUCUGAGAUUCUAGGAAGUCUUCCAGAAUUACGAACGCAUUGGGUAACACCAUGAGGAUCAUUACUCGGCGACGCGUCAAGGUUCGCGUGACGGUGCGCAGGGGGGACGGGAGCGUAACGAGCCACGGCUGGGCAUACCAUAGAAAGCGGGAAGAGGAGGAGGAGGAGGAUGACAGAAAACACAGUGACGAGAAAGCGGAAGCAGGAGAUGGAGGAGGAACUACAGAGGAAACGGAAGGAGGGACUUUGGGUUCUCCGAGUGUUCUCACUACGUCUCCAGAUGAUGGAUCUUCCGAAGGUGUUCAUUAUGAGUCGGUAUGCGAUGAUAGAGCUUUUAAUAUCGAGUUAGAGGAACAUGCCGAUUACGAAGGUAGCAAAGAUAGAGUGUACGAGAGCAUAGAUAAAGAUUCGGAUAGAGUGUACGAGGAGGUCGGGCGAAAGGGGCUGAGAGUGCGCUUCGAGGGGGAGGAGGAAGAGGACGAGAGAGCCAAGGACGAGAGCAGAGAGAGCCUCCACCUAACGGGCGCCAUUCCGAAACGUGGCAAAGUAUCUCCGGAGAGUGAUGAGCGCGAGGGCGGCAAGGAAGGCGAGGAGAUGGAGCAUAAUGGCGACAGCGAAUUGUACGAAUCGAUAGAGGACGUGAAAGCGGCCCCCGAAGCAAAGGCCGACGGGGCGGCAAAGGAAAGUGAGACGUACGUUUACGACUACGACACGCCGAGGAAGAUCGAGGUAACCGUCACGUCGGACAGGGAAGGGAGCGGGUCCAGAAAAGGGCACGCGGACGACGGCUCGAAACCCAAGAAAAGGGGGAAAGUCGAGGUGAAAUUCGAACCGUGGCAGACGGAAGGCAGCAGCAAGAGGACGAAAGUCGAGCAUUAUAGAGACAGCGAUGAUAACGUGUGUGUGGAACAGAGCACGAGACUCUCUUACUAUAACCGAGAGCGAUCCCCCCACGCGAAAAGUGGAAGCGCGUCCAGCUCCCCCUAUAGUGUCCGCCACUCGUCGGAUAUUAAAGUUAGUGCUGAAAGUUUGUCGGAUGACGUGAAAGAAAACGGGGAAAGUUCCAACGGCGAGGGCGCGAAACAGGAGCAUUCCAAAACUGCUAAAGAAGGAGAGAGGAAAAACGAUGAAGAAGACGACGGAGACGUAGACGCAGAGGGUUUCGAGGGCGACGGGGAGGAGGAGACCUACCAGCGUGGGCGGCGGAGGGUGAAAAAGAGGACGCUGAUAAGAGUGAGAGGCGUGGGCGUGGAGAAGGACGAGGACCUGGACGCCGCCCACGCGCUGGUCAGGAGCUUCUCCAAGACAGUCGUCACGUUCGGAAGAGGUUUGUUUGAGCGUUCGUUAUGAGGCACAAGUAUCAGGUGUUUAAACGCACUGCCAGAGGG